ACGCGAUUUGGCCGUGAAGGAGAAGCAUCAGCUCCAAGCCAAGCUGGAGAAUCUAGAACAGGUCCUAAAGCACAUGCGAGAGGCCGCAGAACGGCGGCAGCACCUGGAACUGGAGCAUGAGCAGGCCCUGGCUGUCCUCCACGCCAAACAGCAGGAGAUCGACCUGCUGCAGAAGGCUCAGGUUGAAGCUAAGAAAGAACAUGAAGGUGCCGUACGGCUGCUAGAGGACACGCUGGAUGGCGUGCAGAGCAAGGUGCGGGAGCUGGAGGAGAAAUGCCGGACGCAGAGUGAGCAGUUCCGCCUGCUGUCGCAGGACCUGGAGAGGCUCCGGGAGCACGCGGGGAAGAUCGACCUGCUGGGUGGCAGUGCUGGGGCCUCCUUGGACGUCCCCGCAUCCGGCAAGCCUUUCCCGCAGUUCAUGAACGGACUCGCCCCCUCCAUCGGCAAAGCUCAGGAGAGCACCGUCCGAGGCCGCGCCGUGAUCGGGGACUACAUCCGGCCCCUCCCACCUGCUGGUGACAGGCCGGAGCCUCCAUCCGUCAAGCCCGCCUUUCUGUCGAGAUCCGCUAGCCCAAGAUGCGGAUUUGAAUCAGACAUGGAUAAUGAACGGAAUUCCAAUACCUCCAAGCAGAGAUACUCGGGGAAGGUCCACUUGUGUGUCGCCCGCUAUAGCUACAACCCUUUUGAUGGGCCCAAUGAGAACCCCGAGGCCGAGCUGCCGCUCACGGCGGGGAAGUACCUCUACAUCUACGGGGACAUGGACGAAGACGGCUUCUACGAAGGUGAGCUCCUGGACGGGCAGAGGGGUCUGGUGCCCUCCAACUUUGUGGACUUUGUGCAGGACAGCGAGUCACGACUAGCAAGUGCGCUGGGCAAAGAACAGGACCAGAAUCUCAUCAAGCAGGCUGGCAUCGGCUCGGAGGUGGGGAGCCUUGUGGACCUCCGCGGCCCCGCUCACACACACGCCGGCGUCACGGACAAUGGUGCGGGGACCCUGGGCGUGAGCAUUGACGAGACCGGAGAAGACAUCGUGCCUUACCCUAGAAAAAUCACCCUCAUCAAGCAACUCGCCCGAAGUGUCAUUGUGGCCUGGGAGCCCCCGGCCGUGCCGCCAGGCUGGGGGACCGUGAGCAGCUACAACGUGCUGGUGGACCAGGAGACACGCGUGAGCCUCAUGCUCGGGAGCAGAACCAAGGCCCUCAUCGAGAAGCUCAACACAGCGGCCUGCACCUACCGGAUCUCUGUGCAGUGCAUCACCAGCAGGGGCAGCUCGGACGAGCUGCAGUGCACGCUGCUGGUGGGCAAGGACGUGGUGGUGGCCCCCUCCCACCUGAGGGUGGACAACAUCACCCAGAUCUCCGCCCAGCUCUCCUGGCUGCCCACCAACAGCAACUACAGCCACGUCAUCUUCCUCAACGAGGAGGAGCUCGACGUCGUCAGGGCUGCCAGGUACAAGUACCAGUUCUUCAACCUCAGGCCCAACAUGGCCUACAAGGUGAAGGUCCUGGCCAAGCCUCACCAGAUGCCGUGGCAGCUGCCCCUGGAGCAACGGGAGAAGAAAGAGGCCUUCGUGGAAUUCUCCACAUUGCCCGCAGGCCCUCCGGCGCCCCCCCAAGAUGUCACUGUCCACGCCGGGGCCACCCCAGCCACUGUCCAGGUCUCCUGGAAGCCGCCCGCCCUGACAACCGCCGGGCUGUCCAAUGGGGCCAACGUGUCUGGCUACGGCGUGUAUGCAAAAGGGCAGAGGGUGGCUGAGGUCACCUCCCCCGUGGCGGACAGCAUAGCCGUGGAGCUGGUGCGGCUGCGGAGCCUGGAAGCCAAGGCUGUGACCGUGCGGACCCUCUCUGUGCAGGGCGAGUCCACGGACUCUGCCCCUGCUGCCAUCCCUCCCGACCUCCUGGUGCCUCCAACCCCCCACCUGAGAACUCCCACACCGAAGCCCUUAGCAAGUGCCGGAGCCCCCGAUACCAAAGAUGAACACCUGGGUCCCCACGUCGCCAUGGAUGGGGCCUGGGAGCAGACUGGGGCCCCGGCCCCAGCCCACGGGCACAUGCUGGAGCCACCCAGCCUGCAGGGCUCGGGCCCGGGGAGGCGGUCCCCCUCGCCCAGCCGGAUCCUCCCACAGCCACAGGGCACCCCGGUUUCCACGUCCGUCGCCAAGGCCAUGGCCCGGGAAGCUGCGCAGAGGGUGGCCGAGAGCAGCAGGUUAGAGAAAAGGAGCAUCUUCCUGGAGAGGGGCGGCGGGCAGUAUACAAACUCGGAUGAGGAAGACAGCUAUGACUCCCCGGACAUCAAGAGGAGAGGCGCCUCGGUGGACGACUUUCUGAAAGGCUCAGAGCUCGGCAAGCAGCCACACUCCUGCCAUGGCGACGAGUACCAUACGGAGAGCAGCCGGGGCUCUGACCUCUCGGACAUCAUGGAGGAGGACGAGGAGGAGCUCUACUCUGAGAUGCAGCUGGAGGACGGGGGCAGGAGGAGACCCAGCGGCACAUCCCACAACGCCCUCAAGAUUUUAGGAAACCCGGUGUCUGCAGGACGGGCCGACAGGGUGGAUCACGUGGGCCGAAGGUUCUCCCAUGGCAGUGCUGGUCCUCAGCGGUCCCGGCCAAUGAUGGUCCCGCCCAUCGACGAGUACAGUGAGCGCGACCGCCUUUCUCCAGACUUCUACGAAGAGUCAGAGACCGACCCAGGUGCCGAAGAGCUCCCAGCCCGGAUCUUUGUGGCGCUUUUUGACUAUGACCCCCUCACCAUGUCCCCGAAUCCAGAUGCUGCCGAAGAAGAGCUUCCUUUUAAGGAAGGACAGAUCAUCAAGGUCUAUGGUGACAAAGACGCGGACGGCUUCUACCGUGGGGAGACCUGUGCCCGGCUCGGCCUGAUUCCUUGUAACAUGGUCUCAGAAAUCCAGGCGGACGACGAGGAAAUGAUGGACCAGCUUUUGAGACAAGGCUUCCUUCCUCUGAACACGCCCGUGGAGAAAAUAGAGAGAAGCAGAAGAAGCAGCAGGCAUCCGGGGGCGACGCGGAGGGUGGUGGCCCUGUACGAUUAUGACCCGCGAGAAAGCUCACCUAACAUCGACGUGGAGGCAGAGCUGACGUUCUGCACCGGAGACAUCAUUACUGUUUUCGGUGAGAUCGAUGAAGAUGGAUUUUAUUAUGGGGAACUUAACGGGCAGAAAGGCCUUGUGCCUUCAAACUUCCUGGAAGAAGUGCCUGACGACGUGGAAGUCUAUCUCUCUGAUGCACCGUGCCACUACCCCCGAGACGCGCCAAUGCGCUCCAAGGCAAAACGGAAGAAGAGUGUUCAUUUCACACCUUAA